CUUGUGUCAAUGUCAAUCUUUGAAGUGGUCAGAGGUAGAGUUAGUCUGUGAGUGGGUGUGGAUAUACAUUUUUUGAUUAAUUCGUCAACAAUGUCAUAUACAAACCAAUACAUCUUUGCCACUUUGCCAAGAACUCAGCGAGGACAGCCCAUUGUCUUAGGAGGGGAUCCUAAAGGGAAGAACUUUUUAUACACUAAUGGAAAUAGUGUUAUUAUUAGAAACAUUGAUAAUCCUGCUAUCUCUGACGUAUACACUGAACAUUCUUGUGCUGUGAAUGUUGCAAAGUACUCUCCUAGUGGUUUCUACAUUGCCUCUGGAGACCAAUCAGGAAAAGUGAGGAUCUGGGAUACUGUCAACAAGGAACAUCUUUUGAAAAAUGAAUUUCAACCGAUUGGUGGCCCAAUCAAAGACAUUUCCUGGUCUAUGGACAAUCAGAGAAUGGUUGUUGUUGGAGAGGGUAGAGAGAGAUUUGGACAUGUCUUUAUGGCUGAGACUGGAACUUCAGUUGGUGAAAUAUCUGGGCAGUCAAAGCCCAUCAAUUCCUGUGACUUUAGACCUGCCAGACCAUUCAGGAUUGUAACUGGGAGUGAAGACAACACAAUUGGUGUCUUUGAAGGACCCCCUUUCAAGUUCAAAAUGACUAAACAGGAACAUUCAAGAUUUGUCCAAGCAGUUCGUUACUCCCCCAAUGGAAGCCAUUUUGCAUCUGCAGGUUUUGACGGCAAAGUGUUCAUUUAUGAUGGAACGUCAGCUGAUUUGGUUGGUGAAGUAGGCAAUCCAGCUCAUAAAGGAGGAGUUUAUGGUGUUGCAUGGAAACCAGAUGGCACUCAGCUGUUGACAGUGUCGGGUGACAAGACUUGCAAGCUGUGGGAUGUGGAGACUCGCUCUGUGGUGUCAGAGUUUGUUAUGGGAUCACAGGUGGAGGAUCAGCAAGUGUCGUGUUUGUGGCAAGGUCAACAUCUCCUGACUGUGUCUCUCAGUGGCUUCAUCUCCUACCUGGACGUCAACAACCCAGACAAACCAAUCAGGGUGGUUAAGGGACACAACAAGCCCAUAACAGUGUUGACUCUGAGUCCAGAUCGCAGCACAAUCUACACUGGCUCUCACGAUGGUUUCAUAACAACCUGGGAUGCUAAGACAGGUGAGACGGAGAGAGUAGCAGGAUUAGGCCACGGAAAUCAAAUAAACAGCAUGAGAGCAGUGAACGGCCUGAUGUACACUUGUGGCAUUGAUGACAGUGUGAAGCAGGUGGACACUGCUAUCAAGGCGUACACCAGUGUCAACGUACAGCUGGGAUCCCAACCUCGGGGCAUGGAUGUUAAGGGAGACGUCAUAGUAGCUGCCACCAUCAAGGAGAUUUGUGUGCUACAAAAUGAGCGCAAAGUGGCCAGUAUUCCUGUGACGUACGAACCGUCAUGUGUCUCCAUUGGUGGUGAUGAGCCUUUUGUGGCUGUUGGUGGGACUGUCGACAACAAGGUGCACGUGUACAAGUUGUCUGGCACCUCGCUCAGUGAACACAAGGAGUGCGAUCAUCUAGGACCUGUCACAGACUGCAGCUUCUCACCAGAUGGACAAUACUUGGUGGCGUGUGAUGCUAACCGCAAAGUCAUCCUUUACAAAGUUCCUGAGUUUGAGCUGGCACACAAUAAAGAGUGGGGCUUCCACAAUGCUAGAGUCAACUGUGUGGCUUGGUCUCCCAACUCUCAACAAGUAGCCAGUGGCAGUCUAGACACUACCAUUAUCAUCUGGAGUGUGGCCUUCCCUAACAAGCACACUAUCAUCAAAAAUGCUCACCCACAGAGCCAGAUCACCCGGCUAGCAUGGGUGGAUGACCAAACACUUGUGUCUGUUGGCCAAGAUUGCAAUACCAAAAUAUGGAACAUCACUCCCAUCCAAUAAUCAUCAUGAUCAUUUUUCCAGGAAAAUUGUUCAGGUGAAAACUGUACUGCCUAUCACAGAAAUGUUCUUGAAGCAGAUGUCCUCAGCUGUAUCGCCAAACAAUACCCAGGAAAGUCAAGAUAUAGAAUUAUCACUUCUUUGAUAAAGGACACUACCAAAGUAGUUUUAAAACUUAACUUUGGAGUGUCUACAUUUCAAAUGUUAUUUGAUUUAGUAGAACUUCACUGAUUUUAUCUUAAAUGCUUAAUGUCAAUACCUAUAUUGCAACAAUUAAUUGUUAUCUAUUACACUUUCAAGUACAAGCUUUAAACUUGCAUACAACUUAUUAUAUUGGCAUGUUUUCAUGUAUAAUUGUACUUUUGGUAAACCAUAUUAUUUUCUAGGGUAUAAAAUUGAAUUUUAUUUUUGUUUGUAUUUAACUUAUAGUAUUUUUAUGUAUAAAUGAACGUAGUAUAUAAAAUAUACUGCAUAAAACUGUGUUGAAAUGCAAUAUUCCAAGUACGCUUAUUGACUAUUAAUAUUAAAUCAUCGAAGUUCUACUGUAGUUUCUUAUGAAUAUUAAGUAGGCUACUGUCUUCUCUAUACACUUGCAAAAAACGUCAUUGUUGUAAAUUUUGUAACUUUGAACCCGAACAAAUAAAUCAAUCUGUGAUAACAUUUCUCUAAAAACUGUAGUAGUGGUUCACUUAUUCUUCUACUAAAAUAAUUGAAUUUAUUGUUGUUGUGUUUACUGUAAAUUAAGGGGUGAUUAUAUUGCUCUCAAAACUAGUUUCUAUUAGUUUUUAAGUCAUUUACCUAAUGGAAGAUAUUUGUUAAUCAUCAACCAAAGGGUACAGUAAGUAUUUUAUUUAUUUUUUAAGAUAAGAAACAAUAAGUUUCAUAAUCAGCUAACUUAUAGGAAGUUUGGUUUUGUUUGAUAAAUCUCUUUAAUGAAUGGUUUGUGUGAAAGAUAGGACAUAUUUUCUUUGGCUAUAUUAAAAAAAUAACUUAAUUGGUAUUUAUGGUUUACCAAAGGCAUUUUUAAGCUUAUAUCUUUGACUAUUAAAUAGUCAAUGCUUAUAAUUUAUCAACUGCUUGCUGACCUUAUUACAUGACAUAAUUAAUAAACUAUUGAUGUUUGAUUACUCAAAAUACCAGUAAAUUAGAAGCUAUAUCUAAAAAAUUGUAAAAGUAUUAUUUAUUUUUAUUUAUACCUGGCGUUUAUGUAUACUGACUGAUAGAUAUGUAAUUUCAUGUGGCAGGUUGCCUAUCCUACGUUCACAUUCUCUGUUGUAUAAAAAUCUGUAAUCUGCAUAAAAUGUAUUAAUUUAUUGCAUUAAUGAAGUGUAUUAACUUAAUUAAAGUUAUGCUGAGAUACAUAUAUUUCUUUCAUAUUUUAGUUUAGCUACAAUUUAAACCUUAUUGUUUAGGGGAAGAGUAUGUAGUAUGGGCCACUUCCUAAUCUGAAACCUACGUUUUCUGUAUCAGCACAGAAUAAGCACAGAUAAAUGAAACCGGCUCAGAAGUAACUGUUAUGAAUUCCAUAAACUAUACCUCAAGAUAUGUAAUGUAGGCGGUGAAGUCCAUUCAUUGGAGAAACUAAAAAAAAAAUGGUGAAACAUACUACCUUUCUCCAUUAUUUCUUUUGAUAAUGUUAUAUUUUACUUAGCUGUUUUCUGUUUUACUAAGUAUUGUAAUUCUAUUUUGUCAUAAAUUCUCAUCUUUCUGCAGUGUUUGGAAGUUUAUUGAAAUAAAAGAUGAAACAUAGUAAUCAAUCUAUUUUCAAUGUGUAAAUAAGAAUAUUUUCUACAAACGUGUUUGUAAUAGUUUUUAUAUACAUAGGCUCAAGUAUAUUUGAGUAUGUAUGGGACUUGUUUUCCUCUAUUGAGAUGUUGUGAGAAUGUUUAUGUAUGUUUUUAUUUGAGUUGCAUUUAUUAUAAUGGCUUUUAUUUAUUUAUAUACAUUUAAUUGUAAUUGAGUUAUCAUAUUCAUUUUAAUCAAACUUUUUUAGUAAUAUGCCACAUUUUUCAAGUUGGAGCUCAUGUGUAGAUAAACACUCAUUAUUUGUUUGAUUGCUUUGUUGUUUUACAAUGUGUGUAAAAUAAUAAAUGGUUUUGGUAUGUC